UAGACCGCCUUCGGCGGAGCUGACACUGGAGGAAGACUGCAUCGCUGCAGAUAGCGAGGCGGCAGUACUAACCAGCAGGAGUAUUACUGCUCUGGGCACGAUCAACAGCACGGGGCAGGUUUACAUUUGUGAUUCCUAAAGUAGAAAAAAAGGGUUAAAAUGCCACUGGAUGAAGAUGGGCAUGCCUGGAAGAAAAAGACUGAAAACAUUCAGCAGAUUUACAUAUUUCGGGAUGUGCUGGGGACGGGUGCCUUCUCUGAAGUAGUCCUGGCUGAAGAAAAGUGGACAGAGAAAUUGGUAGCUAUAAAGUGCAUUCCAAAAAAGGCACUAGAAGGGAAAGAAAAUAGCAUCGAGAAUGAGAUUGCUGUCCUGAGGAAAAUCAAACACCCGAACAUUGUUGCUUUGGAUGACAUCUAUGAGAGCAAGACGCACCUUUACCUCAUUAUGCAGCUGGUCUCAGGUGGUGAAUUGUUUGACAGGAUAGUAGAGAAGGGAUCCUAUACAGAAAAAGAUGCCAGCAAAUUAAUUCAACAGAUUCUGGAUGCUGUAAAAUACCUGCAUGAUAUGGGCAUUGUUCACAGAGACCUGAAGCCUGAGAACCUACUCUACUACAGUAUAGAUGAAGAUUCCAAGAUUAUGAUCAGUGACUUUGGAUUAUCAAAAAUAGAAGGCUCUGGAAGUGUCAUGUCAACAGCCUGUGGUACACCUGGAUAUGUUGCACCUGAAGUGUUGGCACAGAAACCUUACAGCAAAGCAGUGGACUGUUGGUCUAUUGGAGUGAUUGCCUACAUUCUCCUCUGUGGUUACCCUCCUUUUUAUGAUGAAAAUGAUGCAAAGCUGUUUGAACAGAUUCUGAAAGCAGAGUAUGAGUUUGACUCCCCGUACUGGGAUGACAUCUCUGAUUCUGCAAAAGAUUUCAUUAUGCAUUUAAUGGAGAAGGACCCAAAGAAGCGUUACACAUGUGACCAGGCUCUACAGCAUCCUUGGAUUGCUGGUGAUACUGCCCUAGACAAGAACAUCCAUGAAUCUGUCAGUGAACAGAUCAAGAAGAACUUUGCUAAAAGCCGAUGGAAGCAAGCCUUUAAUGCUACCGCAGUGGUACGCCACAUGAGGAAGCUGCAACUAGGGACCAGUCAAGAAGGUCCUGGGCAGACCACACCCACCAGUCCAUGUCACAGUACAUUACUGGUACCAGGAGACAACAAGAAUGGUUCCCACAGUGAAUGUUAUGGAAAUGCAAACAGUGACUCCCUAUCCUAUGGGUCCCAGAGCUCUCACCAGCACUCCAACCAGGUCUGACUGGGGCAUCCAGACAGCUCGUUAUCGGCUACACUGAAGACCAGGCAGCUAUACGACCCACAAAGGGAUAAUGACUUUUAACAUGCACACAGCAGGGGAGGGGCACCCCUGCCAAAUUAUAAUGUGACCUUUUCCAGUUGAGGAUGGGUUGGGGCUUCCAAACUCUGGGAUGGGGAGGGAUUACAACAAAGAACAUUCUUCUGAAGGGAUAAAUGUUGUCAAGUUUUGACUUCAGAAUCAGAACAGAUAAUGCCCUGUUUCAUUUAGCCUGUAACCCUCUUUCUCCAUGUGUAAGGGGGUGCCCCAGCAGUUACAUAUUUAUGGUGCCUCUUCCCUUUACAGUUAACGUAUUUAAUGCAAAUGUUUACUUACGGUGAUCGGGUGUGUUUACUUAUGUCUCCUGAAGAGUUUAUUGCCACGCUGGUCAUGUUGAUGUUUUUGUAUAGGAUAACAGACUCUAAGAAAAUGUCUUUAAAGAGGAGAUGUCAUUCUUGGACAGCAGCUCUGUUUGUUUUCUGAUAUAAUGGGGUCAUUGCUAGUGGUGGCUGUAACACAAAAAUGUUGAAGUGCGUUUAGUUCAAGGGGCCAAGAUGACAUGACAUUGAUAGGUGGUUAAACACGUGACACCAUGUGGCAGUUAAAUAACUGUACCCUAAUUGCUUUAAUCUUUCUCUGAGCUUCAAAGUAAAGUCUUGCUGCUUGAAAAGCAUAGCCCAGCUCCAUUUCAGGAAAGCAUUCGGUGGAGAGGUAACUCUCUCAGUCUUUGUCAAUCAGGUCAUGGGUACACAACAUAAAAACUGGUUUCCAACAGCACACUACAAGACUGAAAAUGUGUUUAAUAUUGUCUUUUGUAGAAAAUGGUAUUUAGAUGGGGAAACUUGUUAUUUGAGGUCGAGUUGGUAGUGUCUGUACCAGAUGUUCUCUGUUAAAAGAAGAAUGUUGUGACCAAUCAUGUUUGGACUUGAUUUUCAGAGAUGGGACUCUGUCCGCUUGGGUACUGUAUAUUAUAUGUCUGUCUCAUGCCAGCUAUAAAUGGAGAAUGUAUGCAAAUGACUAUAUGCAACCAAUGCCUGCUCUUCCAGAUGUGGAGUCUGUCCGCCUAUGCACUGUCCUUUACAGCUUGGACAUACUACAUUUUGAAAGUGUGCGUAGGUUACUGUUCUCAGGGGCACUGACUGCUAUUCCCCAGUGAUGUGGAGGUCUGUCAGUAUGAAUAGUGCAGGUAGCAUAUCUUAGAUUAAUUCUGGAAAGAAAUGGACUGAGUAUAUAUCUUUUGAUCCUAUACAUUUUGUGUUCUCUAUCUGUAUCAGGAUGGGGGGGAGGGGCGGUUACUGGAUGCAUUUUCUAAUGUCUGCCACAGCUUUGUCAGCCAAUAGAUUGCAUGGGAAAAACUCCUUCUGUUGAUAUGUGUUUUACAGCUGGGGCCAGUCAGCCUUGGUAUGUUUCACAAUGUCAUUGUAAUAGACCUGCUUGAGAAUCCAGCUGGGGCCACGUCAGAACAGAAUGAUGGCAAACAACUCCCAAAUCCCAGCAUUUUUGUUAGUAAAAGCUGAUGCUUAGGUGGAGGCUGGGAUAUAGUUCAUAAUGAGUGCAUGGCAGGCUUGUUCUCGAACCAAUUAAAAUCAUUCCAAAAACAUGAAAAAUGAAUUAAUUGAUUUCACAGCAGCUCAUAAACACUCAGCCUGUAUACAUCGUCACAGUUGCUGUAGAUGUGCUGAUGUUGCAGAACCCAGUGAAGCUGCUCAAGUCAACAUAUUUAGAGGAAGGACUGGCCAGUCUGGCCAAGUCUGGAAUACCCCAUCCUAAAUUUAGUGUUGCAGAAUGAAAUUUUAAUGACUAGUUCCAAAAACAGGUUAUCAUAAUGGAGAUAACAUCUGUUUUAGUGUAGACAGCAACAUGCCUGAAAGAUCCACUCUUAAACACAGUGAGGCUGGGGGGACUUGCUUAGGCUGGGUCUGUGGUUAGCUGCUUUUUUUAGGAGAUGGGUGAGAGAAAUAAUCUGAGGGCUGUCUGUGAUGUAUGCCACAAAUUGUAUGACAGGAGUGUAAAAGGUGUAUUUAAGAGGUACACAAGUUUAUCCGGUUGUUUCUAGCUGUUGUCAGUAGUAGUAAACUCUCCCUCAUGGCUCGUUGAGACAUUCAGGCCUUACCUGCUGUAGAAUGCAGAAGUGAUUACAACACUUGGCUCAGGUUGAAAGAUAGAAUAGGAAACUUUGUGUAGACUGGAAAUGUUCUGUGUCAGUAACAAUGUGAAUUAUAGGAACACAGCACUAUUAGUGCCAUGACAUGCACCAGAAAAAAUUUCUGUCUCCAAGGGCCGGAGGAGUAACCCAUAGAUCCUCUUAGGUGAUGUUUUUAUACUUUUCAAGUUUAAAAGAUCACUGCAUUUGAACAUAUCUUCUGAGCUUCAAAGAAAUCCACUGUGCAUUCUGAGUGGUAUAAAUACACUUGUCGUACCUCAGAAGAGGGAAGCAGUCACAGUGUGCAGACUUUUGCUUAUUUCUGUUGACAUCACAGCACCAGUGACCUGUCAACUGAACAAUAUUGAACCCCAUUUGGACUUUUGUACACAUGUAAAUGACUCUGAGGAAGGAAGGCUUGUAGUGCUCAAAGCUCAGAGUCUGUUUUUUUUUUCUAUAAAUCCCUGGAUGCACUCUAGGAAAUAUGAAUAAAAUAAAGGGCUCAUUGAAAAAAAUAUAUAGUAUAGUAUACCAUAUUUUUUGAAAUAUGGAUUCCUCCUUUAGAAGGCUGAUUGCUUUUUCAGCUUUCUCCUUGUAGAUUUUAGGGGGAGGGGCAGACUCAGGUGUGGAUUCACAGUGCUGAAGCCAUUCAGGUCAACCUUUUGCACCAGAACUCCUGCUACUGUCUUGUAGGGGUACUCUCUGGCUGUAAGGAAAUCAGUUUCUUUUGAAUGUGCUAACUUUACAUUUUGACUCAUCUUGCUGUGAGCUUCUCUGGAGAGCCCACCUUCCCUGAGGAAGGUCAGAGAGGGCUGUUGGGCAUUUGGCAUUAAAUGGAAUAGAGAGAGGUAGUAGCUUUCUGGACACGUAUGCUGUUGCAUGCAGCUGAGAAAUUUGUGGACUUUGGCUGAAUGCAAGCAUGGGCAGUGCUGUGGAAGAUGGGGACAUCUCUCUUAAUCAGUUCACUUGUUGUUAAGAAGUAUCAAUCCAGAACCCAAGCAGGAAGAUGUUGUGAAAACUAAAAUGUGCUGUUUAUCAGGAACUGAAACAGUGGUCUGAAAGCUCUGCUGAUAGUCGUUUUGUGGCAUGUAGAUGAUCUUUGUUUUCCUGCAUUAAUUAUGCCAACUCUUUCACUUAAGAACAUACUUCAGUCCCCAUUGCUGUCUGACCAUUCAUAGAAAUGAAAAACAUCAUAGUUUACUGUGGUCUGAGCUGUCUUUGAACAACAAUGGUCAGAGAUCUGCAUAAGAAGUGUUCAUCGCCCAGAGAUGUCACAGUCUGUUUCAACAGCACAAAAUAUGACACAAGCAGAUGCUUCUGCUAUGUCCAUCUGUUGUGUAGGUUGCCCUGUUGAUGACUUUGUCAGCCCAUCACCUUUUGCCAGCACUUAAUAUAUCACAUUGUGCAGAAGCUUGUGCUAUGUUUGUCUUCUACUAUAGUUAUCCAUCUAGGUAUACACAUGAUUUAACUCCCUGGUACUGCCAGGUUGUAAUCUUUCACAAGCACUGACUUGUUAACGCAGAAAUGGGACACUUUCCUUGCUGACAUUCAUUUAUAAAGUGGAAUGUUUUAUCCCCCGCUGCUUUUUUCUGCAUAUUGUUCAACAGUAAAGAAAGCAUCCCAGUGUGUAAGAGUUUUUUCCUGUAUUAUUCCUAGAAAAGAACAUUCCUGUUAUCACUUUCUGCCUGCCCUGCACCUUUCACCUGGAUUUAUUGCAUCAUAGGGAAGAUGUAUAGUUUCCCAAGAUGGUGCCUCUCUGGAUAGUGAGUUUAAGGCAUCAGCAUGAUUAUUUUUUUCCGUCUUGCAGGUAGAGGUUGUGGUUGCUUAGAAUUCACCAGUAGCUUUGAUAGACUUGUCCUGCCUUUUGUAGUAAGAAUCUCACAGCUUGAUGAUUAUGAAUUCCAAAAGUAGUUAUGACCCUGUUAGGGCAAGACAUACCUCCAUGGUAUUACAUGGACGUAGUGUAGAGUCAAUGAGAAGACAGGAUUUAAGAAAGGAGACAAACAGAAAUGAGUGUAGACAUAUCCUGGGACCAUAGCAGAGUUAACAAUGUUUAUGAGAAGUGGGGAGGUGAGAGGAUGAUCCUUGGAGAGCGAAAGGUCAAGUUUAUGAACGAGAAGUGUGGUAGGUAAGUUAAGCGCUGUAUAUAAAUAGUGAAUAUAAUAUAUUUUCAGUGUAUUCAUAGAAUCUGUAAUCAGUAAGCUCUGGGGAAGGUAGAAAAUGGUUCCCAGUAACUGCUACAUCUAGAGAAUUUUGGUUUUCUCUGACAAAUAUUUUCAACCUGCAUACUUCUUAAAUCCAGGUUGCUUACUCAGGGUCUCUGUUGGGAUUCAUAUUAGUAUGAGCUAGCAGAAGUCCAGUGAUUAGAAGGGUGUGCAGUAUUGCUUAUUGAUAUUGGCCAGACUGCUUAGAAAGUGUGGUGGGAGAAAGUAAAUGCCUACUAAAGAGCCUGUGAUGAGAAUAUUGUACCUGUGAUGGCAGCAUUGAUGGCAGUAUUUUAAGGUUUCUGGGAACCCUUUACCUAUCCUCUGAUGCUGAGUUUAGCAGUAAGAAUGUAUUUACUGUACUCUGCCUGGCUGGCAGCUGAUAUUUCUAUUUUGAGCAUGUUUAGUGAGAUUUUUCAGUGCUUUCUACUUCCUGACAGUUCUGUGAAUAUAUAUAUAUAUAAAACAGUGAUUUUUUUCACAUUUGCCUCAUAUUGUGCUCUAAAAAAAUAUUUAAAUUGUUUCUACUGGAAGUUUCAUGACUGCAUGUUUCAAAGGCUCAUCCUAAGAGGCUUUGUGAGUCAGUGGGUUCAGAGGAGACUCAGCUGUUAUGUUGCCAGUUCUACAUCUAUUUUGAUGUGGUGUAGAAUGAUGGACUACAAUGCACAAACUCGGUGUUGGUUUCUUUGUAUCUUUUCAUAGUCUCUGCACAUUAGUAUGGUUAACAAGUUAUAAAAUGGCAAAAUGUUCCAGAACAAUGAGUACCACAGAAUAUCCAAGUUGUUUAUUUCACUAAAUAAACGGCUUGGAUAUUUUGUGUUACUCUUGGUUCUGGUGCAUCUUUUCAAUUUAUUGCUCUGUCACUUGAGGUGCCACCGUAUUUCUUAAGCAGGUUUCCUUUGUUUGUUUUAUUAUAUGGUUAACAAGUUAGCAGGAAUGAUUGUAAUAGUACAAACUUGGUAGCAGAUGUGCACUGUUGCAAGCAAAUCACUGAUGGUGUGAUAUGGAUGCUGUGUGCCUCAUAAUGUCUACUUUUACUGACAUCUGACCCUUCCAUAACUGGCAGACAGCACAGUAGUUCACCCUUCACUUCCUAUCAUGUUCUUAUUUCACCCUCAGUCAUGCCUGUCAUUCUUCCUUCAGAUUGGUAACGUCUACGCAGCAUUCAUUCCUUGUAUUUUGGAUACUGUUUGUCCUGUAUAUCUACAUGACAUUUUAGUAUCAUACCAACAUGAAAUGUUCCCACUUGCCUCCAUAUUUUUCAUUUUGUAUAUCCUCAUAUCAUUCUUUCAUCCUGUGAACAUGCUCUCCCUUCUGACCUUCUGUGAUCUGCAAUGUACCAACUUGCCCCCUCCCUUGUACCUGUGUGCCUUUCUUAAUUGGCAGUGCUAAGGCUAGAACUGCUAAUAUUCUUCAUCCAAAUUAGUCUUGACUUUGAUUCCCUAAGUCUGCUUCUGUCUCCUUCUGCAGACUCUCUGACUCUGAGCAAGUCACUUCACUGGACAGCAUUUUUUGGCUGACCCUGUAAAGAUGCAUUUGUAUGUUGUGGGCUUAUCUAGUUAACAUCUGAAUAAAAAGGAGGUACCAUCAAAAACUCAAAUGUUUGCAUAACUAAUACUCAUACACAAUCAGUUUAACACUAACAAGUCAACACCUUUCUUACCUGUCCACCUACCAUCACACCAUCUCUCCACCUUUUAGUUACAUACCACUUUCCUUGAUUCCUAUAACCGCAUUCACCAGUUACCUAUGUGUCACCUCCCAGCCUUACUUUAUCCAUAUCUAUAUAGUUAUUGUGCUAGUAUAAAUACCAUUACCCUUCAUGCCCUGUUCUCCCUAAUACCUAUAUGCAGGUGGCUGUAGUUUGUCCUGCUUUACAGACAUCUGUAGCCUAGGUCGCUUGCACCUCUGCAUCUGUCUCUUUACUAUCUAUGUGUAAGUCAGCAUAUGCUGUAAUGUGACAUGCUUGUCAUAAUAAUUUUGGGUGAGAGAUACAUUUGUUGCAUUUGUUCUUUUUUCUAUAAAGAAAGCAUUUUCUUAAACUUUAAUGUACAUCUUAUCAUUUUAAAUUUAGUUUCAUUAUGCAUUUCAUAUGGUCAAGAGUCCUAAUAUUUUUUUAAAUGUCUAAUACAUUAAUUGACUGAAGAACUUGCACUGUUCUAUUCCUUAUGAUGUCAUAAGUGUGUCAUAAUGAUCUAAUAUGGAAUGUUGAAAGAUUACUAGAACUAAUCAGUUGCUUGACUUGCUUGAACAGAGAAGCACAGGUAGAUAAAAAGUAGAAAAAGCUAUAUUUUAAUAAUAUAAUCUUCACAGUCUAAGUUUAGAGCAUCUGGUUAAAGUGUGCUUUGCCAGCUUAAAGUAACUAAAGUAGUGCAUUGGCUAGCAAUCCAAAACUGUUUUAAAAAUCAGUUUUAUUUUUAAGAAAUGUGGUGUCUCUCCUUUAUAGUAAGAUACUUGGGGUUGUAAAAAUGUAUCCAGAAGAAAGUCUGGACUCUUCUGAACCCUACCAGCUUAUAGUCCUUAGAGAUCAGGGCCUUCAGUUUGUCUCGGUAAUUCCUCUGGCAGCCGGUGCCUCUGUUUCUUUGUAAUGCUGGUGUUUUGCAUGAUUUGAACUAUAUGUACAGUCAUUUUAUGAAACUGUUAUUUUUUUUCUUUAAAAAUGUUGGUUAAACUGGUAGAGCGGAGUAUAAACCAAGAAUAAGCAAAUCUAUUUAACUGUUACUUUCCAAAUGCAGAGCACAUAUUUAACAAGGGCUUCACUUCAGUGAACUGGACCGUAAUAAAAAAAAAAUAUUACCAUGAACUGCUGGAUACUGACCACAGAAACAUUGCAGCUUGCAUGUUCAGUGGCCUUAGAACCCGAUGUUUCUUUGCGCAGUUCAAACUGUCAGUUUUCACUCUUGUGUCAAAUCAUUGGGAAUCAAGUUUAAAGGUUUCCCUUGUUAACAGACAAAGGAAAUAAAAAACAUUCUUACUAAAGUGCCAUGAACUAUUUAAACAUUCCAAGCCCUCUUUUAACAUUGUCACUUUCCACCUAGCAUGUCUAGUGUUCCCAAGGGAAGACUGCACAGUCUGAAUGUUGCAAAUGUAAAGCAUUGAUUAGAAUACUGGGUGGUUCUACCAAUCAGAGCUGAUACUUAUUUAGUCAAAGCUGAUUGGCUUCUUAUCUGAAUUCCUGAGUGAUGCUGAAAUCCUAGUCCCCACCCCAAAACAAAUAUAAUUGUUCAAAUUUAGAUAUUCUGUUUAGGUAGAGCCUGUGCCCAGGUUUUUAUCAGGGAUGUAGAUGAAUGUUUUUGUAAAAAUAUAAUAGAGGGUCAUGGACUAGGAAUUUGCCACUGCUGGAUUUGUUUAGUAUGAUGCAUCCCAGAGUGCUCUGACCUUUUACUUCUGCAAUUUUAUGGAACAAUGUUUAAACUAUCAUUAAAGCUGUACUUAGCUCCUAUGGUAUGGAUGCAAUGCAUCGUGGGUUAUAAAUCUUCCUAAGCACUAUUGCUAACAUUGAACCAAUGAUUUGUACUUUUGGAAGUUUGUUAAUAGCCAAUAAAAUAUCCUUGUGUA